CGUGGCCAUAUCCUACUCUGCUUCAGCUCCGUGGCGGGUGCCCUGACGGCUGGCGCCUCGGGCGGGACCGGAAGACAUGGGCGCUAGCUGGAGGAGCCCGGGAUGGGUGCGGCUCGCGCUCUGCCUCGCAGGCCUAAUGCUCUCUCUCUACGCACUGCACGUGAAGGCGGCGCGCGCCCGGGACAAGGAUUACCGCGCGCUCUGCGACGUGGGCACAGCCAUCAGCUGUUCGCGCGUCUUUUCCUCCAGGUGGGGCCGGGGCUUCGGACUCGUGGAACAUGUGUUAGGCCGGGACAGCAUCCUCAAUCAAUCCAACAGCAUAUUUGGCUGCAUCUUCUACACACUACAGCUGUUGUUAGGUUGCCUGCAGGGCCGCUGGGCAUCUACUCUGCUGUUGCUGAGUUCCCUAGUGUCUCUCGCUGGUUCUCUCUACCUGGCCUGGAUCCUAUUCUUCGUGCUCUAUGAUUUCUGCAUCGUUUGCAUCACCACCUAUGCCAUCAAUGUGGGCCUGAUGAUACUCAGCUUCCGGGAGGUCCAGGGACCCCAAGGCAAGGUUAAGGGCCACUGAGCCCUCAUGCCAAGCCAGGCUGACCUCAUCUGCUCUGCUUUGGCAUGUGAGCCUUGCCGAGGGCGCCAUGUCUGGGUCCUCAGAAGAGUCUGCAACCCACCCCCCACCAUUCUCGCACACAGGACAAUGGACCAAAGGUGCCAUGAUCUUUCCUCCACUCUAGUGCUUCUGGCUGUGUCCCCAAGGGCUGGUUUCCAAAGCUCCUGCUGUUACCCAAGGAGGGAAGGUUCCAAGCAAUAAAAUUUCUUAAAUAAA